AGGUCAGUUUCCCGUCUUUGGCCACGUCUCUGGCCGCGUCUCUGGCCGCGUCUCAGGCCGCGUCUCAGGCCACGUCUCAGGCCACGUCUCUGGCCGAGUCUCAGGCCGCGUCUCAGGCCACGUCUCAGGCCACGUCUCUGGCCGAGUCUCAGGCCGCGUCUCAUGCCGCGUCUCAUUCCGCGUCUCAGGCCGCGUCUCAGGCCGCGUCUCAGGCCACGUCUCUGGCCGCGUCUCUGGCCGCGUCUCAGGCCGCGUCUCAGGCCGCGUCUCAGGCCACGUCUCAGGCCAAGUUUCUGGCCGCGUCUCUAGCCGCGUCUCUGGCCGCGUCUCUGGCCGAGUCUCAGGCCGCGUCUCAUGCCGCGUCUCAUGCCGCGUCUCAGGCCACGUCUCUGGCCGCGUCUCAGGCCGCGUCUCAGGCAUCGUCUCUGGUCGCGUCUCUGGCCGCGUCUCAGGCCGCGUCUCAGGCCGCGUCUCAGGCCACGUCUCUGGCCGCGUCUCUGGCCGCGUCUCUGGUCGCGUCUCAGGCCACGUCUCAGGCCACGUCUCAGGCCGCGUCUCUGGUCGCGUCUCUGGCCGCGUCUCUGGCCACGUCUCUGGCCGCGUCUCAGGCCUCGUCUCCGGCCGCGUCUCUGGCCGCGUCUCAGGCCGCGUCUCAUUUCGGGUCUCACGCUGCCUCGCCUGGCGAAACGAUUUCGAUAUUUAGUCCUCACGGUGCAUGUGAGGCCAUGUGGCAAGGCGCAUGUGAGGCCAUGUGGCAAGGCGCAUGUGAGGCCAUGUGGCAAGGCGCAUAUGAGGCCAUGUGGCAAGGCGCAUGUGAGGCCAUGUGGCAAGGCGCAUGUGAGGCCACGUGGCUAGGCGCAUGUGAGGCCAUGUGGCACGGCGCAAGUGAGGCCAUGUGGCUAGGCGCAAGUGAGGCCAUGUGGCUAGGCGCAAGGUAUGAAAUAUUGGCUAAAGGAUGA